AUGACCUCGGCGUCCAAUGGCAAGAAGAAGAGGUACACUGGCACAGGUACCUCUCACAAGCAGGGCGUCAAUGGCGAAGAGGACUUUGGCAACCAGACUCUGCCUGUCGCUCAGCUGCCGGAUGACUUCGACGGGGUACCGGCCGAUGGGAGUGUCUACCUUGCCAUGGCAAGAAGCACGUCUAAUCCCUAUGCGGUAGCGUCCACCUCCUACGUCAAGCCGGCAAGUAGAGCUGAAGAGCUCGGCAUGCCUUCCCAGGAAUGGCGCGACAAGUUCCUGGCUAGAUUCGUAGCGAUGAGGGAGGCUCUCUCUCACACUUCCGCAAAUCCACUCCCAACGCUCGACGUUGGCCGGCUGCCAAAGGCAAGGACAACAGAAGGCGCCAAUAAAGCCUGGUAUCGCUUCCUGUUCCGUGCUGAGCGACCAGCGUUCGAGGGCGAAGACCGAAAUGGGGAGACAGAAGAAGCGCACGACCCUCAGUGGGAGGAAGAAGAUGAAGAUGGCCUCUACAACGAUCCCGCCGAGGCUGCCAAGAGACGCUCAGUCCCAUUGGAGCCGACGCCCAUACUGCUCGCUCGCUUCACGAUCAGUCAGAUCUUGUCUGUCUUGACGGCAAUCCCGUACUGGAUCGCCCUCAGAGUCUCUUCCCAGCCCUCGGAAGAUCUACCACCCUCUUCCUCGAGACCGGCGAUCGACCCUCUAAUCUCUAGAUGGUGCUUCUCCCUCUUGGCCAAGCUCGACCGUCGUCUUACCUCUGACGAGAUCUCAAUCCUGCGCGUGCUAGCUCGAGCGUGCAUUGCUGCCAUCUCGCUGAGGAGAAUAGAGCUCAAGGGGACAGAGCGACAAGGUACGGAUCAACGGGCAGAGUCCGGAGCAUGGAUCGUAGUGGCCAUCGUCACUGGUGUUUGGGGUCAGAGCGACCUCUGGAUGGACGCAGAGGAGGACCUAGGCAGAGUCGCGGCCGAUGAGAACGGCAUGGUCAGCUGA